GUUCAGAGGUACAGAGGGAUAGCACAAGGCCCUGUGAGCUCUACUCUCUCUAGUGAUGAGUGGAAGGGAUCUGCAUACGUUCAUCACAAGCUACAGAGCAGAAGAUGUAGAAAAACUGACACUGCGGAUGAAAAAUGGUCUUGGCAGCUCAAGGUACAAACCGGCUGAAUACAAAAGACUACAAGCGAUUGUUGAUGCCAAACGCCUGGAGUCUGAUCUAAUUGGAUUAAAGGUUCAAAAGACUCGUUGUGCAGCCAAGGCAACCAAGGAAAGCUCCAUAUUACGGCAGCACAGACAGGUGUGGAGCAGAGAGUGCCCCAGGCUGCAAAAGGCUGAGGAGAAGGCUGAGAUUGACAUCCAAGAUUUUCUGGAGCAGAUCAGGCCAAAUGAUAGAGCAGAUACUGCCAUCUUCUCACUCCAAGAUUAUGAGCGGCUCCUGGAGAGGGACCGGGAGGCAUUCAGGAUAGCCACAGUGGAGCCUGUUUAUCAGCUCAAAGAUGACCUGUGCUUCAGACUGGCUGAAGAACAUCAGCAGCCCACGGAACAUCGAUCAAACUUGGAACAAGUAGUACAACAGAUAAACUUAGUGAAGGACCAGCAAGAUGAUAUAACUGCAAAACUUCAUGCAGAGCAUGUGGCCUUGGAGGAGGAGAUCAUUAGCCUCGACUUAGAGAAAUAUCUUACUAAUGCUUUAGAUAGUCUGGUGAACAUAGAAAACAUUCCAGAGGAGGUUUUGGAUUCAGACUGCCCUUACCCAGAGCUUAAGGACUCCCUGAUCCAGGCCUUCCACUCCCUGUCAGAAAGGUACCGGGGCAGGGUUCACAGUCUCCAAGAUCAACUGCAGAGAACCGACAGGUUCUGUGGCUGGUGUGAAGAUGACCAUCAACGCCUCCAGUUCACUUUGUCUCAGUACACUCGGGACAUACCCAACCACAGGACACUCUACGUGGACAUGCUGCAACGACUCUUCCCUGAGAAAACUAGACAAGAGCUGAUGGAGCAUGAACGUUUGUGGGACUGGCAGCGCUUCACCCAGGCACAGCUGAGAGUAGUGACCCAGCAGUGUCAGCGGGACCAGGAGGAGCUGCUGGCCAGAGCCCUGGUCACCCUGCAGGAGGCCAAACAUGCCCACCAGGAGGAGCUGGAGCUCCACAGAGGCCGCCAGCACCAGCAGGACAUCUGCUCACAUCUCAGAGAGAAGCUGCAGCAGUGGCGGGCCCAGCAGGAGGAGGUGGCGAAGCUGGAGGCAGCUAUAGCGGCAAGACAACAAGAGGAGGAAGAGUCGAGGCUGAAGAGGGAGCAGGAGAAGGAGUCAGCCGUCAGAUCACAGCAGAAAGAAAAAGUCAGACAGUUUUAUUUAAAGCAGCAGACGAGGAGGGAGAUGCUGGAGCGGAGGGAUCAAGAGAGACUCGCUAAUCUGAGGAGCCUCAUGGAAGAGCAGGCGAGCCGAGAUAAAGAGAGGGUGCAGUUUCGGGCAGAUAUGUUGAAGCAGCGAAGGGAGGAGAGAGAGGCGCGGGAGCUUGAGCGGCAGAGAGAAGAGGAAGAGAAACAGAAUCGUCUGGAAGUCCUCAGAAAGCAGGUAGCAGUGGUGGCAGAGACAGACCCAGAGAGGAUGAUGGCAGAUACAGAGGCUUGGAGGAGUCGGCACUUGAAUGUAAAGGAGUUUGAGCUGCAGAGACCUCUCUACAGUAUUAACACGUACACAGACACACAGAUCGUGUCUGAUCCAAGAGUGCGGGUUGAGCAGGCUCUGCGGGAGGCUGGUCUGCACCACAGCCGGUAUGCCAAAGAGGUUUUGUCUGUUAUCACGCCCCUGAAACCACCUAGACGAGAUACCAAAUCCAUAGUUAAAUUCUGACUUGGGGCUUCUUCAAGUCCAACCCUUAUUCUGCUAUUCAGCAUUAUAUUAAAGUGGAACUAUUACGCUAAUGUUUCAGGUUCAUACUUGUAUUUUGGGUUUCUACUUGAGCAUGUUUACAUGCUUUAAUGUUCAAAAAACAUCUUGUUGUCCUUUUAUUGUCCAUGUACACACCUGUAUUCACUGUCUGUCUGAAACGAUCUGUUUUAGCGCCUGUCUCUUUAAGCCCCCCUACCAAAUGAGCCUUUUCUGCUUCGAUUGGUCAGCUUUUCCGAGUCUUCUGCAUUUGCACUCUAAGCAUCUCUGCACCAUCAUUGCAGCCGGGGAAUGACUGUAAGGGCACUAUAGGGGCACUUUCUACCCUUAUGUGCAUGGUAUUUGGUUGUAGUAAUUGUGACAAGUGCUGUUUAGCGAUUAAAAUAAUGAAUCUAAUUACAUGCAUUGUGAUUAAUUAAUGCAUAUUAAUCCCAUAUGUCAAUAUUUGCUGUGAGAAGCAUUUAAAAAUAUUCAUAUGACAUAAACUGUUCAACAUCUCUGUUAUUUCUCGUACAUCAGUCUGCUUUUAAACGCUUUGGCGUGACUGCUCGCUCAGUUUAGUGUCAUGUGGGCUGUGCUAGGGCUGACCUCUGGGCUAGCUGCUAAGUGCUUUGCAUUGAGGUGAUAGUUCAGGCUUCAAGUUCUCCAAUGGUAUGGAAAUUAUUUACUGCAGAUGUUGCAAAAACACUGCUGCUAACAGUUCUAGCUGGGUGUU